AAUUUUUUUGGGUGAUUAGUGUAACGUCAAUCGUGCGCCAUAUUUUCUUUUGACAAAAGAUGAAAAUGACAGAAGUUUGUUUACCUCUCCUGAUUUACCAUUUUCCCUCGUCAUAAGAUGUCAUAAUGUUUCCUAUUGCACCAGGUAUAGCCGGCUUAGUCACCCAGCAACUGAAUGGGGCAAGUCAUGGUGGGUGUACUGACCUGCAGCCACCUAACGGAAUCCUAUCGGCAGACAUACGGUCCACCUUUGGUCCUUUUACCACAGUCCCCCCACCAGAACUGAAUUAUGAGGCUCCACCCCACCCAGCUGAUCAGCCACCCCCCACCCCUCCACCUCCAUCUAAUGGGAAUGCCGGGGAGUUUAUCUGCCCCCUCAGGCCUGACCAUGGACGGGAGGGAAAACCCAUUGCUCUACGGGCCAACCAUUUUCAUGUCAACAUCCCUAAAGGGUUCAUCCACCACUACAACGUCGCCAUUACACCUGACAAAUGUCCCCGACGAGUCAACAGAGAGAUCGUGGAGACCAUGGUUAAUGCCUACACACCCCGGAUCUUCUCCGGACAGAAGCCUGUGUUUGAUGGCAGAGAGAAACUGUACAGUCGAGAACCACUUCCAUUCGGCAAAGAUCGAGUGGAGUUAGAGGUCACCCUGCCAGGUGAAGGUCGUGACCGGGUGUUCAAGGUCGCCAUUAAGUGGCUGUCCCAGAUCAGUCUAUACGCCCUGGAGGAGGCGUUAGAGGGGCGUGCCCGGAGGAUUCCAGAGUGUGCGGUGGAGGCGCUGGACGUCAUCAUGAGGCACCUCCCCAGCAUGAUGUACACCCCUGUGGGUCGUUCAUUCUUCUCUCCCCCGGAGGACUAUGACUACCCCCUGGGAGGGGGCAGGGAGGUGUGGUUUGGCUUCCAUCAGAGCGUCCGUCCCUCCCACUGGAAAAUGAUGCUCAACAUUGAUGUAUCGGCCACAGCCUUCUAUAAAGCUCAACCGGUCAUCGACUUCAUGUGUGAAAUCUUGGAGCUGAAGGACGCCAACGAACAGCGACGCCCACUGACCGAUUCCCAGCGGGUCAAGUUCACCAAGGAAAUCAGAAACCUGAAGGUAGAAAUCACCCACUGUGGAACCAUGAGGAGGAAAUAUAGAGUGUGUAAUGUCACUCGCAGACCCGCACAGACUCAGUCAUUUCCGCUACAGCUGGACUCGGGUCAGACAGUGGACUGUACGGUCGCUCGGUACUUCCUGGAGCGCUACAAAAUGAAGCUACAACACCCUCACCUGCCAUGUUUACAAGUUGGACAGGAACAUAAGCACACAUAUCUUCCAUUAGAGGUUUGUAAUGUCGUUGGAGGCCAGAGAUGUAUCAAGAAACUGACAGACCUACAGACGGCCACCAUGAUCAGGGCAACGGCCAAGAACGCCCCCGACAGAGAGAAGGAGAUCAACAAUCUGGUCAAGAAGGCCAGUUACAACAAUGACCCCCACCUGAGGACAUUUGGAAUCACAGUCAACCCCCAGAUGAUGGAUCUACACGGCCGGGUCCUCUCUCACCCCAAACUACAGUACGGGGGAACGAAUUCGGAAUUUCAGACGAAGGCUCAGGCCCUGCCGAACCAGGGCGUGUGGGACAUGCGAGGGAAGCAGUUCUAUUUCGGGAUCGAGAUCCGUGUGUGGGCCAUAGCAUGCUUCGCCCCCCAGAGGAGCGUGAGGGAGGAUGCAUUGAGGAACUUUACCCAGCAGUUACAGAAGAUUUCUACGGAUGCAGGCAUGCCCAUUCUUGGUCAGCCAUGUUUCUGUAAGUAUGCCACUGGGCCUGACCAAGUGGAGCCCAUGUUCCGUUACCUGAAGAAUACGUAUGCGGGGCUACAACUGAUUGUGGUGGUCUUACCUGGACGGACGCCAGUGUAUGCGGAGGUGAAGCGUGUGGGAGACAUCCUGUUUGGUCUGGCCACUCAGUGUGUACAGUCCAAGAACGUGAACAAGACCUCGCCCCAGACGCUGUCUAACCUGUGUCUCAAGAUCAACGUCAAGCUGGGCGGCAUCAACAACAUCCUGCUACCCAGCUCCAGACCCCUGGUGUUCCGUGAGCCGGUCAUCUUUCUGGGAGCUGAUGUGACCCACCCCCCAGCUGGAGAUACCAGCAAACCCUCCAUAGCCGCCGUGGUGGGGAGUAUGGACGCCCACCCCAGCCGUUACUCAGCGACAGUGAGGGUACAGGAGCACCGUAAGGAGGUGAUAGAAGAGUUCUGCUCCAUGGUCAGGGAACUCCUGAUCUCCUUCUACAAGUCCACCCAGUUCAAACCGACCCGCAUCAUCAUCUACAGGGACGGGGUCAGCGAAGGACAGUUCCAAAAGGUGCUUGCCCAUGAACUGAGAGCAGUGAGGGAGGCCUGUAUGAAGCUAGAGAUUGGUUACCAGCCGGGAAUCACCUUCAUUGCCGUCCAGAAGAGGCACCACACCAGGCUCUUCUGUGCCGACCGCAAGGACCAGAUAGGACGUAGCGGGAACAUCCCGGCGGGAACCAUUGUGGAUGUCGGAAUCACCCACCCCACACAGUUUGACUUUUACCUAUGCAGCCAUGCCGGUAUACAGGGCACCAGCAGACCCUCCCAUUACCACGUGUUGUGGGACGACAAUUGUUUCAAGGCGGAUGAGCUCCAGCAGUUGACAUACCAGCUGUGUCACACGUACGUACGCUGUACGCGUAGCGUGUCCAUCCCUGCUCCUGCGUACUACGCUCACCUGGUGGCGUUUAGAGCGAGGUAUCACCUUGUGGAGAAAGAGCAUGACAGCGGAGAAGGGAGCCGUCACUCAGAUGAGAUGGAGAGGACACCCUCGGCCAUGGCUCGAGCCAUCACCGUCCACCCCGACACCAUCAAAGUCAUGUACUUCGCUUAGACCACGAAACAAUUACCUGAUCCUAGGAAAUGAUUUAACUCACCAGAUAUUGGCAACCUGCCAAAAACCAGCUCACCCAAACUUUACAAAGUGCUCCCACGGAACAGUCUAGUCAUCCACCACAGCGUCGACGAUUCAUGUUUAUUCAUGUGUACGACGAUGUCUUAUCGCACAUUUCUACUUUUAUUUUUGUUAAUAAACUGUCCCUAUCAAUGCAUGAGUGAGCAAUUGUUAAAUAUAAAUGUAUUUGUUUUUUUUUGAAAAAAUGAUAUGAAUAAUAUUAGAGUGUAAUUACUAGAGAACACUAUUAAUUUGGAACAGUGUAUUUUUCUAGAACUGUGAAGUUUUGUCCAUUUUGAGUUGGUUUUCUUACUUGUAGCAAAUUUUUGAACUGGUGGUGAUUAUUUGAGGCCAUCAUACUAUUUUUCAAAAUGUUUUCCAUUGACUUAUCGGGGUCAAGUGCUGUUUUUUGGAGAUGGUUUACAGGGGUUUGGUGUCUGAUGCAUGCUUGUUAUGGUCUCUAAACACCUGUCAGUGUUGACACUUGAUAUUUAAAGGGUGUUGUAUUGUAGUAUUGAACAACAUGGUCUUUUUUUUAAAAUGAUCAUUCGAACAAUAAGGUGUAUCUUUUUGUAUUUUGUAAAGAAUUCAUUAAUGCAUGAUUUUUCGCAAUAAGUGUGAUGUUACAUUGGGUGUUGGGAAUGUUUCAGUCCGAGUUUUGCAUCUGGGGAAAUUACAAUGCAUAUUCAAGAACUGUGAAAUAUUGACAACAAUUAGUUCAUCUUUCAAAGUGAAUCUCAUAAUUUCAAGGUCAAAGUACCAAAAUUUAUCAAUAUUUUGAUCCCAUUGGAGUCUUCAUAAUAGAGUUAGAGCAGCUGUUUAAUGAGAGUUUACUUUUUAUACACCAUCUUUGAUCCUCUAUGUAACACAUUUAACACCGGACUGAGUGUAUAAAGAUGUUAUAUAUAUUAGAAUUGUUCAUAUCAUGUCAUUUUGUGUGAUGUACACUGUUUUACCAAGCAGAAGCCGGGAAUCUGUUAUUAUGUAUUUACACUGCAUCAUUUCAAGAUAAGUUCAUGUUAGAAUGGCAGUAGAAUUUUUGUAUAUUUUAAUCUUACACUCAGUAUAUAGUCUUGUUAUUCACUGUAGAAUCAUUCAAUUUGUGGGCUGUAAUUUUCAUGGAUUGCUUGUUCUAAGAAUGUAGUCAAACAUUAAUUUUAUGAAAUUCUUUAAAAUUAAUUUGGUUGUUCCUUUCCACAGAAUCCAUGAAUUCUGGAUUAAGGUUUCCACAACAUUCAUGGAUUUGUGGAUUAUGGAACCCACACUAUUGAUAAAUUUGUAAAUAAGUGUAUUCAGAAGUAAAUGAUCUUUGACCCCACAAAAGUAAUGAGACCACAGUACUAGCAUUGGAUAGUCACGGACUAGACAAAUUGUACCCUGUAUGAUCGUGAAAUGUUUCUUGUAAUUCUUCCUUUCAUUAGCCCCAGAAUCAAUGUAAAUGAUACUAAAGUAUGUUCAAUUGUGGGUGUUAUUGUCAAACAUUUGAUGUCAGUACUCCAUCGAAGCAAGAUGUGACAAAGUUAGGUCAAACAGAUCAUGGCCCAGUGUUUACACCUGUACAGGUAAUGGAUUAGUGUGACAGUACCUUCCAAUUCUGGCCAGUAGUUGAGAGAGGGUAAAGGUCAGGCCGUACUGGAGUCAAGGUCACAAACCAAAUGAUGGAGUUUUGUUUGUAUAUACGUAUAUAAAGCAAUGGAAGAAAGGCUGUGGACAACCUUUACUUUGUACUGUAUUAUUCUGUGGUGUCUCUGUAGUCAGUUUUACUUUAAGUUAUUUACAUCAUGUGCAGUGAACUUUGAACUCUUGUUGUUAUAAACAAUAUAUUUUGUUAUGAUAAAAAAUUUUAAAGCAAAACAAACAAAAACAUUUCUGACCUAGUGUAAUGCAUUGAUAAGGAAAAGUCGGUGCAGAAAUUCUGAAUGAUAGAAUUAUGUAGACAUGGCCCUAUAAAGUUAAUAAUAGAGAUGAUGAUAGAAUUAUCCCAUUCACUGUGUACACAUGUAUGCUCAACAUAGUGCUCACAAACAGCUAACUAUGCAGGUCCAUUGUACAUGUACAGAAGCUAUGGACAUGUCUACUUCACGUAACACAAGAAAUAUGGGCAGGUUCAUUACUUACCUCACAAUAUUGACAAAAGCUACGGGCAAGUCCAUUACAAAUAACAGAAAAACUAUGGGCAAGUCCAUUACACAACUAUGGACAAAUCCAUUACACAUUUCGGAAAACCUUUUGGAAGGUCAGAUGCUAAUUACCAUAACUAUGGGCAGGUCCUCUUCACAUAGCAGAAACCAUUGGCAGGUCCAUUACCCAUCUAAAAAAAUGUAGGGACAGGCCCAUUACACCACACAGGAAAAAUUAUGGGCAUGUCAUCACAGAAAAAAUAGCUAUGAGCAGACACACUGCACAUCAUGGAGAAACUAUGAGCAGGUCCAUUACACAUCAUGGAGAAACUAUGAGCAAAGCCAUAUGAAUAUGGAUUUUAAACAUGGCUCACAGUGACUAGAAAUUGAUUUAUUACAUCAUUUCACAACAAACUUUAUCUUAAGGUUCAUAAAGUGUAUGGGCAGCUAAUUGUUAAUAAAUAAGUACUUUAGUAGGGAAAUUCUCAUGUCAUUCAUCUGAUGAAAAUUGCACAACAGCAGUUUUUGUGAAUGCUGUUAAGAAUUGGAAGUAUUGUAACUGACUGUUAACACAAAAAAUGUAAAAUUUUGAUGGCACAAUAUUAUGAAAUUUAUUAAAACCUGAUUUUUCUGUAAAACUAUGUACAGUGCUUCUCAGUUAAUGUUUCUGUUGCGUAAGGAUGUCAUAUUAUUAUUCGACAAAUGAGAUAAUCAUGUUAUAAUUUUGGAUCAUCUGACUUUGAGAUCACAGUGGUUUAUAGAAUGAAUAUCAUUUUUAGAUAUUUACAAAUGCAUGAACUUUAUUCAUAUCCUAUAUCUAUAUUGAAUAUGUUGUCCUUUAUCUGUUAACUUCUUUGUUUUUAUCUGUUAUAAUUGUAGAUUUACAGCUUAAAUUUAACAAAAUAAAUUGUCUUUGAUACA